AUGGCUCACGGCAGCCCCGUGCCUGAACUAUACAAGUCCAUCAUCGAAGAUGUGAUUGAAGGUGUGCGGGAGCUCUUUGCAGAGGAGGGUGUAGAAGAGCAGGUUCUGAAAGACCUGAAGCAGCUUUGGGAAACGAAGGUGACACAGUCUAGAGCAACAGAAGGCUUCUUCAAACACAGCCACUGUUCCCCACGGUUCAGUCUGCGGCUGCCACACAGUUCUCACAGCAUUUUGCAGACUUCAGCAGCUUCUUAUGUCAUCCAAGCUGGCAGAGGUUUUCAGCAUUUCACAGCAGCAAAACUGGGGCCCCCACGAGUGGGUGUGACUCUUGCUCUCCCUUCGUGUGUUGCUUAUCCUUUACAGAUCCCAGCUGGAGUGAUGCUGCAGCCAGCACCAGGGCACCUUUACAAGGUGAAUGUGCCUGUUGUGGUCACACAGGCCUCAGGAGAUGGAAGCAUUCUCCACUACCCUGUGCAGCAGAUGUUUCAUCCCCUGGGGCAAGCUUCAGUUCUGCAGGCCAGCCUUGCCAGUGUCACACAGCUGAAUGCAUCUGCUGCCCAUGCAGCUGGUGAAACACUGCAGCCCCAGGAGUCUGCUCUCCAACAGGCUGUGCUGUUUAAACCAAGCUAUGUGGAAAAACAACGCCUGGAGAACUCUGCUACCUUGGUCCAGCAGCCUUCUGUGAGUCUGCAGGAGUAUGAAAUUAAUGCAGUGUUGAAUCAAUGCAGUGAAUCCACAGAAAAAUUUCAGCAUGACAACCUUCACACAGCUGUGUUUACUCCAGAGUGCUCUGAAGGACUUUUUAUUGAUGAAUCCUUGGCAAGCAGCUCAAGCAGUGUCCUGCUAGAUGUGGAGGGGCAGCUGGACAUGGUGCAUCCGGAGCUGCUGCAGCAGCAGGUGUCUGAUGAUAUCAUUGACCUGAUUAUUGCAGGGGAAGGUUUGGAUGAAAAUGCAUUUCUAAAGGAUCAGGGCAGCAUGGCUUCCUCUGACAAGGUAAGGCCUUUUGUUUCUCAGCAGACGGAAUCUGAUUUACCGCUGGAGAAAGAGCUCUGCAGUGACAUUGAAGGCAUAAGUCAGCUCGAUGGCACCGGGGAUGUUUCUUCCAAGGAACAAAUUCCACAUACAAAAGAUAAAGAUGAGAAUGAAUUCAUUGGCUUUAUUGAUUCAGAGGAUCUAAGAGUUCUGGAUGAUGAGGAAGACUAUGAUGAAGAAUGUGACAGCUCUUCAAACAUAGAGUCCAGUGGCACUGAUGGGGACAAUGAAGACCUGCAGAUAGACAUAGUUGAGGAGGACCCCUUAAACUCUGGUGAUGAUGUCAGUGAGCAGGACAUUGCAGACUUGUUUGACACCGACAAUGUGAUAGUUUGUCAGUAUGAAAAGAUACAUCGAACUAAGAACAAAUGGAAGUUCUACUUAAAAGAUGGAGUGAUGUCCAUUGAGGGUAAAGACCACGUUUUUGCAAAAGCCACUGGAGAUGCAGAGUGGUGAAACUUCACUCCAGUAUGUCCUUGAAGGCUGUGGCAUUAUUACCUUAUAAGCCUUCUGUGAAACAAUUGGACUUUAUAUAGUUAUGCCAUUAAAAAACCAACCAGAACCAGAACAAAACAAACCCCAAAACAGCAAAUCUGUGAUGAAAAAAUAUGCUAAAUCUGCGUUGUUAAUUUGUGGUGUUAAUCUGUUCAGUUUGCAAACUAAACCACUCGGCUGUAUUUGCUGUUCUUUUCUGAUUAUUUCAUUUUUUCCAAUGAAAAAGCAUCAUUGGAAUGAAUAGCUUUAAAGUUUGAAGUGUUAUAUCUGUUUGUAAUUCAAGAAGGCAAAGAAAUAAUUAGUAAUCAGUAGAGAACUACAUAUUGGUUAUAAUCAAAUAAGUUUUAGUUCUGUUAUUUUUUUCCCCCAGUUCUUAAAAGCUGAGGUAUGAGUUGAAAUAUAAAAUUGCACUGUUACAUUAUUCUUUUCAAAGAUUUUUGAGUUGAAAAAAAAAAAGCAAUAUCUAUGCAAGUCUGAAACCUGUGGCUGUUUCAGCUGCACACUUCUCUCAAUUUUUUAGUCGCUUUGUGUUUUUUGGGCUUAGUUUAAAGACAUGCACUCUAGAUGCAAUAAGGGAAAUGUCUGGGAAAGAUCCUGGAGCUCUCAAUAUAUGAGAAUUAUUAUUGUUUAUUCUAUACUAGCUAUGUCUACUGAGAUGAAAUGAGUAGUGUGAUGUAACAUUAAAAUGUGAUUUAUUUUCACUGUCAAUGCAAAGUCAUUUAAGUUUGCUACUGUACAUCUCCACUUUGUUCUAGGACUACAGACC